AUGUUCUUAAGAUCUUCUUUGAAUAGAGGCAUUCUUUCUGCGUCUCAAAGACCUUUUUCUACCGCAUCUUUCUUGAAGGCUGCUAAUGCCACUGCUGGUGCAAGUAUUGCAACUAGACCAGAGGGUUUCAGAGUCCCAAAGCCAAAGACAUGGGAAGAAUCAAAGGAAAGUGCAUUGGCAAAGGCUACCAAAUGGUUUCUUAUGGCUGAAAUGUUCAGGGGUAUGUACAUUGUCUUGGAAAUGUAUUUCAGAGCGCCAUAUACCAUUUACUAUCCAUUCGAGAAGGGUGCAAUUUCUCCAAGAUUUAGAGGUGAACAUGCCUUGAGAAGAUAUCCUUCAGGAGAGGAGAGAUGUAUCGCCUGCAAACUAUGUGAAGCCAUUUGUCCUGCUCAAGCAAUUACCAUUGAAGCCGAGGAGAGAGUCGAUGGUUCAAGAAGGACCUAUAAGUACGAUAUUGAUAUGACUAAGUGUAUAUACUGUGGCUACUGUCAAGAAUCUUGCCCUGUCGAUGCAAUCGUUGAAACUCCAAAUGCUGAAUACGCAACUGAAACAAGAGAGGAGUUGCUAUACAACAAGGAAAAGUUGUUAGCUAAUGGUGAUAAGUGGGAGCAAGAAUAUCAAUAUGCUGCUAACGCUGAUGCUCCUUACAGAUAA